GGUUCAGCGGCGGUGCUCGAGAUGGCCAAACUCAUCGCCCAAAACAAUUGCAAAUUAGAUAAGACUAUUAUAUUUGUUCUCUUCGAUAUGGAGGAAGACGGUUUGAAAGGAAGCAAGUAUUUCGUGAAAGACUAUCUGAUUCCCGUCGAAGUGAUCCAAAACGGAGCCAAAGUGAUCGCAGUGAUCGUUAUGGACAUGAUUUUAGAGCACGACUCCACGAGAAACAGUCAGUCGUUGGGAAUAAUUGCUAAUGUUCUGCCGGAGUGGUCGGCAAAAGUGAAGCAAAACGGAUAUCGGGGUGACUUUGCGGCUGUUUGGGCCCGAAAGGGGAUCGACACUAAACUGUAUGAGAAACUUGAGAAGAAUUGGGUGAACAAAGAC